AUGGCCGACGACCCCGAGCUCAAGGACGUGCUCAAGCAGCUCGCCGCCGCGAACCAGCAGAUGACCGCUGUCAUGGUCGCCGGGCAAGAGCGAGAAGCCAAGCUCAUGGCUGAGCUCGAGCGGAUCCGCGCCGAGGUCCAAACGCACACGGACUCGAAUUGUUUCGAAUGGCACACCGCGCAGCUCGACUACUUUGGAAAAUUCCUCAGCGCCUAUAAUGGCACCCCAAAAUUCGUGAUCAACUGGUCCACCGCACCCUGUCACGAUGAUCCGAAUUUGUUGUACCAUGCUGAUGAGGAUUUCUAUAAUUUCCUCGAGAAGCAUGAGAAACGACUGCAGAACGCGUUCAUCUUCUUUAUGGGCGACCACGGGCCACGGUAUGGGGUGGUGGCUCGAGCGGAAAUGGGAAAACGCGAGAUCAACAACCCGUUGCUGCACAUAUCGGUACCUCAUUGGCUACGUAACAAUACACAGUUAACCAAAAACAUGGAGGAAAAUUCGCAGCGCAUGAUUCUACAGUAUGACAUCUACGAGACGCUGAAGGAUAUAUUACGGUACGCUCCGGAAAGCAACUUCACCGACUUCGCGUACGUCGAACGGGAAAAGGACAACGACAACAAUGGAACGUCAUUAUUGCGCCCAUUCCCGGAACCGCUACGCCACCGUAAUUGCCGGAAUAUCGCCGUCCACACCGCGUACUGUAUGUGCGAAUUCGACAAGGAGCUCGUUUACAAUGAAACAUUGAUCAAUGACGCGAAAAUGGUCGUCAUCCAGGAAAUUAACGCCAUUUUCCGCCAAUUCAACGUCACCAACCUUUGCGCCGAUCAUAAAUUGGACCAGAUAAUCUCCAUAAAGGGCUUCAUCCCGACAAAACGGACUCGAAUGUUCGAAGUAUUCUUCCGGUCGACCCUUGGCAAAGGCGAAUUCACUGUGGUGCUAAAGCUGGACGAUUCGGGGCGACUGGAACCAGGCGACUUCGUCUGCUGCACCGUCAAGCAUUGCCUUUCCGGAUCGUUCAAGUGCGAGAAGAAGCGGAACUGGGAGGAAGCCCAGGAAAUCAGCAGGGCCCAGGCAGGCUUGAAAGAGCCGAAAGAUGAACCCUUUGAUGAAGCUAACAUCAUUAUGGCAGAAACGACAGCUGGCGGUAGUCUGGAAGAUGUUAAACCAGAACCGUUGGAUUUGGAUGCAGUACCUGUGCCGGCGCCGGAGAACGAUGAAAGCGUGUAUCGUCUUAACGCAAUGCUUCCGCUUUCGUAUGAGCCAUCGCCUGACUUGCCUCCAAAUGACAUGGCCUUCGCGAUGACGAGAAUCUGCCGGGGUUGCGAUUUGCCGCUGUCGCAAAAGGAGUUCUCCGCACACUUUUUGCUGAUCUCGCAGGGCGUCAAUUGCCCGGAGGCCAAAUGCAACGACGCGCUCAUCAACUGCCCGUAUCCGGAUUGCAUCGCAAAAGGCUUCGGCUCGAUGACAAAUUACGCCAACCACCUCCGACUUCAUCACGGCCGCCCGACCUUCAUCCGCGAAUUUGCGUACACGGAUAUCGCUGAAUAUCGGACGCAUUUGAACGAAAUCCGCGCGAUGGGCGACUACGAGAACGAUAAACACACGAAGCUGAGCGGUCGGACGUACCCGUGCCGCUACACGCAUGACCCGAAUGAUAGUGAUGACGAAUUUGACGACUGCGACCUGAGUCAUAAACAGCCGAUCGCGUGUGGCGCAUUCUACCACGGAGCUAUCGAGUCACGGAAUCUUACCGGAAGCCCGAUCAUCCACCUUCGCGUUUGCAACCUGCAUAUCCAUGGGAAGAUGAAGAUCCCGAGGGCACUUCGUCACCGCAUCCGGCAGCUCGCUCGUUUUAUGCCGAUUCCGAUUCUCAUGGUCAUCAUAAGAGCCGAAUCUGGAAAAUAUGCCGGCGAAGGAGGGCUGCUGCAACAAAUUCUCGAAUUGGACGCGUUGAAAAUCGGACGCAUCAUCCACAAAGGCGGGAUGACAAAAAAUGAAAAACGACCUGUUGAGCCCCUUUAUAUAGUCGAAUCCCCACUUCCGGUCUACGCUAAUUGUUCC